AUGGCAAUAUCGUAAUUCCAAACCAAAAACAGUGUCAUUUCACUAACCCCAUACCCUUCUUAAAACCCCAAACGUUCGUUCCUCUUCUUCGUUCCGCAGCCACACUCUCUUUUUUUCAUCAUCGCCACCAUGUCCGUGAUCGCACGGUUAAGAGCGAUUGCACCGUCGCUAAAAUCUCUCAAUUUCAAUCCUCACCGUCCAUUUGGAUCCGCAGCUGCGUUACAAUACCAAUACGAUGACACCGAAGAAGAUGAGUUUGAGCUGAGUGUGCCACGUGGCAUGCUUGACACCGAAGGUUCUUCGCCGGAGCGUGGUGUUCAUUGGGUUAUGAUUGGUGAACCUGGAGCUAAGAGACAUGUUUUCGCUGAAAAACUCUCGAAGCUUCUAGAAGUUCCUCACAUUUCUAUGCCUUCACUUCUUCAUCAAGAACUUAACCCUCGUUCUUCUCUCUAUCAGCAGAUAGCGAGUGCCUUGGAUCAUGGAAAAAUUGUACCUGAAGAAAUCAUUUUUGCUUUGUUAUCGAAGCGACUGGAAGAUGGAUACUAUAGAGGUGAAACCGGAUUCAUUCUUGAUGGAAUUCCUCGAACAAGAAUGCAAGCUGAAAUUCUCAAUCACAUUGCUCGUGUUGAUCUUGUGGUGAAUUUCAAAUGCCCGCAAGAGGAUUUAAUGAAAAAGAAACUAGGACUUCGAAAAUUUACUUCGUGCCAAGAACAAAUUUUUAAGACCAGUUCUUGGACCCCAACCAAGCAAUCACAGGAUGAACAUGCCCACAAACAUGCAGAAGAGUCCAAGAUGUUGGAAGAUUACUACAGGAAGCAGAAGAAGCUUCUAAACUUCGAAGUAGCAGGUGGUCCGGGAGAAACCUGGCAGGGACUUCUGGCUGCUUUACAUCUCCAGCAUAUUAAUGCUCUUAGUUCUUCACAGAAGUUAACUGCCUGAAGAAAGGGCAUCAAUCUUCCAUGUCGCACCGCAUCCAUCCAUCCUCGGCAUUAUAAUAGUAUAUGUGAAUAUGAGAGCCAGUAGAAUUUAAUGGAAAUUUUGUGAUAGUGUCCCAAUUAUUGGUGAUUUUGAUUUUGAAAAUUUUGAGAAUGUAAGUUUGUUCUGUAGUGUCCAAGUAAGAAUCAAAUACACAAUGUAUGAGUAUGUAUGACCACAAAUUCUAGUAGUGACCGUGUGAGCCCAUUUUUGUU